UAACUCUGUCAGCUGUCUGGAACUCUGGAGCAGUCUGUUUGGAUGGCUCGACAGAGGUGGACGUGUUCUUGUUUCGAACACUUUAGGAUUUGAUGAUUAUUUUAUCAUCUUUAAUUUUUCAAAAUUUCUACCGUAUUUAAUUCGUACAUUGUGAAAUACGACUGGCUACGUCAAUCUCGAGUGCUAAAAUCAAGGCCGUCCAAGUGAAGGAAAGAAAUUAUAGUAUAGCGCGCAAUAAUAGGUGCCCAAGUUGCGAACGUAAACUGCGGCAAGUGUAUCAGAACUAUCAAAACUAUCAAAACGAUCAACUAUGCAUUCCGCGAAGACGCCACGUAUUCUCUCGAUCCAGAGUCAUGUAGUGUCAGGCUACGUCGGCAAUAAGAGCGCUACUUUUCCGUUGCAGUUAUUAGGCUUCGAAGUCGAUGCAAUAAACUCUGUACAGUUGUCUAAUCAUACUGGUUACAAAGCAUUUAAGGGUCAAGUACUCAAUGAUAAAGAUCUAGAGGAUCUAGUUGAUGGUUUAGCGCAAAAUGACUUAGAUAAUUAUACACAUUUGUUAACUGGAUAUAUCGGUUCUGCUUCCUUCUUGAAAAGAGUGGCAUUACUAGUCACAACUUUGAAAGACAAAAAUCCAAAUCUUACAUAUGUUUGUGAUCCUGUUAUGGGCGACAAUGGCAAGAUGUAUGUCCCAGAAGUAUUGAAAGAAAUUUACAAAGAGGAGAUAAUACCAUUAGCGGAUGUAGUAACUCCAAACCAGUUUGAAUUAGAAUUACUUACAGAUGAUAAAGUUACUAAUAUGAGUGAAUUACAAAAUGCUAUUAAAAAAUUACAUCAACAUGGACCAAAAACUGUAGCUAUAUCGUCAACUGAUCUUAGUAACAAACUGACGGCAGUAGUGAGCUCGGCGAAAGAUAAUUUAUUAAUAAAGGUAGAUAUCCCUAAAAUACCAGCAACUUUCACGGGUUCGGGAGACCUCUUUGCCGCAUUAUUUCUUGCUCACGUAUACUUACAAAGUGACAUAAAAGUCACCAUGGAAAAAACUAUUAAUUCUCUGUAUAGCGUGCUGCUUAAUACGUAUGAAUAUUCUAAAGAGUACAUAGAUACCGAAGCACAAUCAGCCAGGAAAAUCGAAUUACGACUGAUACAAAGUAAAAACAGUAUCGAAAAUCCAAACAUUCGUCUAUUUGCAGAAUUUUUAUAA